UUCAUACAUCAUCAUCAUUCUCAUUUUAAUUACCGAAGCGUUCGUCAAUCGUCAGUUUUUAUUCCCUCUCUACAAAAUAAAUUUUCUAAUUAUUCUGUUUCUGCGCAGAAACAUUUCGCAGUUGAAAAAUAAAUAAAUAUCAAAGAAAAGAAACAAAAAACCGUCUAAAGGAGUAAAUUGUCAUCAAAAUUCCACCACAACAAGCCAAAGAAUUUUCUAACUCUUCUAUUCGUGAAGAAUAAAAUUAAAUAAAUAAAAGAAAAGAAACCGUAUUGACUUGAUAAAAUGUUUCGUAAUAAAUUUAUUGUAAUUUGCUGUCUGCUUGUUGCUGGGGGCGCUUCAUUAAUAAAUGGUCAACCGCAACCCAUGAUACCAAAAGAUGGCAUCAAUUCGAUCCCUGCCCUUGCUAAAAAAUUAGCCGCUGCUGAAAAUAUAACUGCUCCCCUUACAACAACAGUAACCCCAACGACUACUACUUCGGCUCCUACUACAUCAACCACAACAACAACAACGACAACAACAACACCUAAGCCAGAGACAACAACAGUUGGACCAGUAACAACACCAGCACCAAAUCCAGUUCCAAUUCCAGAACCACCAAUGGGCAGGUGGAAUUCAACAUGCAUUUUAAUUCAAAUGGCUACCCAAUUGAACUUUACCUACGAAACAGCAGAUAACAAAACCGCGAGAGCUAUUUACAAUAUUCCAGCAACUGCAACUCUUCAUGAUGUCAACUGUGAAUCAAAUAACACUCAGGAAAUCGUCCUUAACUGGGGACCCGAGAAGGCUAUUCACUCGAUGGCCAUCUACUUCGAACGCAACAGUUCCAAUGUCAAUGUCCACACAAUCAUGGUCAGUCUGCCAAUUGAUUCUGAAGAAUUCGUUAAUCCCAAGGCAAAUCAAUCUGUCCAAUUGAUCUACCGUGGAGACAUCUUUGAAGCACCUUCCCAAAUGUCCUACCAUUGCACUCGGCCACAAUACUUCAAUUUGACGGAGGCUAUCAAUGAAAAUGCUGUCAUCGGUACCAUCCGACUUUCUGAUGUCCAAAUGGAAGCCUUCCGCAAAGAGAAUACCACUUCAUUCUCAACAGCUCGUGACUGUGAUAGUUCAGAAACCCCAGACAUUGUUCCAAUUGCUGUGGGCAUUGCAUUAGUUGCUCUUAUUUUGAUCGUUUUGGUCUCAUACUUGUGCGCUCGUCGUCGUUCCACUGCUCGUGGUUAUAUGAGUUUUUAGGAAAUAGAUAGACAGAAGUAAGAAAGGACGAGAAAGAAAGUAAGAGAGAUAGAGAGAGCGUGAGUGGAGAGUAAUCAAAAAUUUACAAAAAUUCCGAUCAUAUUCAAUUAGAAGAAAAAAAGAGACUAAAGAUAAAAACAAGAAACGUAUUUAAAAAAACAAAACAAAUUAAAACGAGACAAAAAGAAAAAAAAAACAAAAAAAUGUGUAAAUAGGCUACGUAUUUGUUUUGGAUUUUUUUUAAUUAGUAUAACUGAACAAUCAAAAAUACUUUGUUUGUUCUAUUUUUUCAAAUAUUUCAACUUUUAACUAUAUUUCAAAUUAGCUGACAGUUUUAUUUUUUUUAUUUUUAUUAUCAAAUUUUCACUUUAAAAACAUUUUUUAUAAGACUAGAAAAACGAGUGUUUUCGAAAACACUGAAUGUUAUAAACUUAUUAUACGAAAAAUUGGCAUAGUUAGGAUCUUAGAAAUAUUUUUUGUAUGUGUAUUAAAAAAUAAAAAGAAAGAAGGAAAAAUGCUUGAAAAACAAUUGUCAUUUAGGACCAAGCUGAAUUGUGCAAGUAAAAUGAAAAAUUUGUAUCAAUGAAUGAUUUUGUUUUUCAACUUAAAACAAAAAAAGAAAACAACAAAAAUACAAGUGAUUGAUUCUAUUAAAAUAUUAAAACGAUAGACGAUAAAACGGUCAUUGGAUUAUUUUUUGUUUGAAUAAUUAUUCAUAUUUUGUUCGUUUCUUUUUUUCAACAAUAAAUUAUAAUUAAAAUAAGAAA